AUGAAGAGAUUAUUUUUUGCAUUAUUCGUCCUUUUGCUUGUCGCCAUUGAACUGGAAGCAGCAACUUGCUUCCCAUGGAAAUCAGAUGGCAUCAUUAACGUUUGCACGGCAGCAAACAAAAAAGGGUGCUCUGCAGUUGGCAGUAGAAACACCUGUAAAAAUCUUACAAAAGGAGGGCCAUACAAAUACGGACAUACAUCUAGAGGCUCCAAAUGUGCAAUUUACAGUGGGUUAGGCUGCAAAUCAAGUAGUAAUAAACAAAAUAUAGGCAGCACAAAUGUUAAAUUCUAUUUUACAGCAAAAUCUAUUAAAUGUUCAUGUGUUUAG